AAGUAAACAGUGACGAAGAACAAUUUCCACGUUAGCGGUUUGAUUUAGACGUUUAUUAACACCAUGGACAUCUAAAUUUGACUCAUUUAACUGCACAACAUCACAUACUUACCCCAGGUUGUUUUUCAUUCGCGUUGGAGACAGGACUUGGUUGAUACAUUUUAUCUAUAUAACGCUAGCUAGCUGCUAAUGUUAGCUAACAAUGGCCAACUGUAUUGUUUUUCACACUCAAAUAGCCUCCAUCAUGGAGGUGCUAGCGAAUGCAGCCGUGGCAGAGAUCUGUAAACUCGUAGACGACGACUAUGCAGUGUUUCGUUUGGAAAUAAGUCAAAGCCAGAAAGAAAUCAGGACAUUACGAAGGAAACUACAGCUACAGGAACUUAAGGUGUCACGGGAGCGCGUCCUCGCCAGUCGUCCCAGAAGUGUCAAGAUCAUGGACCGAUACAGGGGAAUGGCAAGAGGUGAAGGACAUCUCACUGGAGGCCACAGGAGCUUUGUGAAGCCAGCGGGACACAAUACAUGGAGAGAUGACCAACCAAUCACUGUUGAUGAGGGGAGUGGAACCUCAACCCAGCACAUUAUUGUGAUAGAGUCUGCAGAUAUAGAGGCUGCAGGUCCUGGGGUCAAGCUGGAGAGGUCUGAAGGAGGGGAGGACCCACGGCACAGCAGAGACAUCCAGUCUGUAACUACAGGGGGAGCUCCUGCCGCUCCAGAGGAUCCCACCGCCUCACCAGCACAGCCCAGGACCAGACGCAGCAUCACGGAGGUCAGUGGAACGCUGAACGCCGUCCUCAAGUCAGAGACUGACAAAGAGACUUUAACUGUAACACAAAGGCUUUUACCCACAGGAUCUGACCACAGAUCAGACCCAGAAAGACUGGAGCCACUGGGCUGUCCUCCUGCUCUCAGCUCAGAGUAUUUACUUUAUGGUAACCUAAGCCCGAGGACGGUUCAAUCCCAUCGGGACUCAGGUGACGCGUUAGAGACCGGCAAUGAUCCGUCUUGUUCUUACACUAAAGAGAUGGACCCUAGCAACAUGCCCUUGGGUUUAGAGACACAGACUGAUCUGUCUAGAGGGGACUGGAACCAGUACAGUAGUAGUGUAUACUCUGAAGGGUGCCUAGAUAAGAAAGGAGAGGGUCUGGUUGUAGAGGAAGUGACUGUGAAAUUGGAGGGCGACGUUUCUCCCACAUGGAAUGCAGAUAGUCACCUAGGAGAUGGAAUCUCACAGGGAAGAGAUUUCUUAGAUUACAGUGAAAGCUUAGAAACAAAUACAAAUGUUGCUACCCACUCCCCUUUACACGCGCUCAGGCAUCACGACCCAGUGUCCACGUCGAUGGGGCCUUCAGAUUCAUACGGCCAUGUCUUUUUCGAUCAGGUGUUGAACUCAAACAACAGGGCUAGAGCCCAGGCUCAGGGAGGGGGAGCCACAUCAGGAUAUAGUAAAGAGAAACGGUUCCUCUGCAUGUUCUGUAACAAAGGCUUCAGUUGCUCCCAGAAGGUGGAGAGGCACCAGAGGGUCCACACAGGGGAGAAACCAUUCAGCUGUACCCAGUGUGACAUGCGCUUCGCCCAGGCUGGCCACCUGAAGAGGCACCAGAGGGUCCACACAGGGGAGAAACCCUACAGCUGUACCCAGUGUCACAUGCGCUUCGCCCAGGCUGGUGACCUGAAGAGGCACCAGAGGGUCCACACAGGGGAGAAACCCUAUAGCUGCCCCCAGUGUGAGAAGAGGUUCUCAGAGAGGAGCUACCUCAGGAUGCACCAGCAGAAAAACCAUUCCACUCUAUAACAUAGAAAGUAAUCAUUCCACUCGAUAGCUUCUGACGUUUAGAUCAAAUCCUGCAUUAAAGACACAUUUUCAUUGUUUUCAGCAGAAAAGACCCACAGAUGCAUUUGGAAUAUUCCUUGGUAGAAUAUUGCAUCCAGACAUUGUGUGAUAUGAUAUGCACUGAGUGUACAAAACAUUAGGAACACCUUCUUAAAAUUGAGUUGCAUCCCUUUUGUCCUUAGAACAGUCUCAAUUCGUCAGAGCAUGAACUCUACAAGGUGUCGAAAGCAUUCCACAGGGAUGCUGGCCCAUGUUGACUCCAAUGCUUCCCA